CGCAAUCCUUGCUUCCACAGGAGGAGAUCUUAUUCCUGGGAUGUCACAUUCUAUCACACGAUAUUUCAGAAGCGAGCCUCUGACCACGAGGUCGUGUUCAACCAGCUUUGAUGAUCGGUCAGAUGGGGGGACACUCCGGUUGUAAGAGCUGGUAUUUUCUCUCUUUGGUACUUAUCACGGUAUCUAUGAUCCUGCGUGCUGGACAGUCACCGAACGGCAGAAUUUGUUCAAUGGCUAUUAAUUAUCAAGGAGCGGGAGCGGAUGGAUCGAUGUUUUCUUAUGGAUUUGACGUGCUCCACCCGGGACUGCUCUACGUUGCCGUUCUGACCCAACCCAUAAUGUUCUUUCUCUUUACUUCUAAGUCACAUGUAUUGAAACUUGCCUCCAUCUCAAGAAAGAGAACAAGACAUCGCGUCAAAGUUGGCUUUGAGAGUCCAUGCAUGUAAAUUGAAUAUGUAAACUGAUGCAUAUAACUGGUACAACCCUUUUAAUCUAUGCGCGCUCGUCAUAACUCCCGCCGUUCCUAGGUACG